AUGGCCAUUGUCAACGGCAUCGGCUCGAUCCUGACCGCCAUUAUCAACGGCAUCGUCUCACUCUUCGACAUCAUCAUCUCCUGCCUCACCUGCGGUCGUCGCACGCGGACACACAGAUCGACGCGUACACGGACUCACACAACGAGUAGAGUCUAG